AAGACAGCCAUUAUGGAAGAGCAGACGACGACCUUGUUUCAGAUUUAUGUGAACGGCACCGAGCUGCUAAAUGCUACGUACGAGUACAACUCAACAGAUGUGAUGGAAAGCUCAGAGACUUAUCAGUUUUACAUCAUUAGCCUCUUUCUCUCCUGCCUCUACACCAUUUUUCUCUUCCCCAUUGGCUUUAUUGGCAACAUUCUCAUAUUAGUGGUCAACCUCAAUCACAGGGAGAAGAUGACCAUUCCUGACCUUUACUUCGUCAACCUGGCCGUGGCCGACCUCAUUCUAGUGGCCGACUCCCUCAUUGAGGUUUUCAACCUCAACGAAAAGUACUACGACAUUGCCAUCCUCUGCACCUUCAUGUCCCUUUUCUUGCAGGUCAACAUGUACAGUAGCAUCUUCUUCUUAACUUGGAUGAGUUUCGAUCGCUACGUAGCCUUGAGCAGUAGUUCCAUGAGCAGCAGUCCCCUGAGAACCAUGCAGCACGCUAAACUAAGCUGCAGCUUGAUCUGGAUGGCCUCCAUCCUGGCCACCUUGCUUCCCUUCACCAUUGUACAAACGCAGCAUAGAGGCGAGGUGCACUUCUGCUUCGCCAACGUCUUUGAGAUUCAGUGGCUGGAAGUGACCAUUGGUUUCCUGGUGCCAUUCUCCAUCAUAGGCCUGUGCUACUCCCUCAUAGUGCGGAUUCUCAUGAGGGCUCAGAAGCACCGGGGUUUGUGGCCACGUCGACAGAAGGCGUUGAGGAUGAUCGUGGUUGUAGUGCUGGUGUUCUUCAUCUGCUGGCUGCCAGAGAACGUUUUCAUCAGCAUCCAGUUGCUCCAGGGCACAGCCGACCCCUCACAGCGCAGUGCCACCACGUUAUGGCACGACUACCCGCUAACUGGACACAUCGUCAACCUGGCGGCCUUCUCCAACAGCUGCCUCAACCCCAUCAUCUACAGCUUCCUGGGGGAAACCUUCAGAGACAAGCUGCGACUCUUCAUUAAGCAGAAAGCCAGCUGGUCCGUGGUCUAUCGCUUCUGUCACCACACUUUGGACUUGCACAUCCCUGUCAGAAGUGAGGUUUCUGAGGUCUAG